CCAUAUACUCCUCCUCUCCUCAGCUCCCCUUGACCGUCUCCUUCACAGUUGGCUCGCAGGCAGACGCAGUUGAAUCCCAACUGAGCUGGCCGCCGUCCUUACUCCGAGAGAGACAAGAGCAACCUUGCAAUGAUCUCGCUGGACUUGAAUUUCAACAUUUUGACCAGAGACCUGUCACAUUAUUUGGAAAAUCAAGUGAAAGUUGGGCUGUUCGGUUCGGGAGUGGGGCUGUCUCUGGUGCUGGGCUUCAGCGCAGCUUACACCUGCUACUAUUUAAUUUCUGUUGCCAAGAAACCUCAACUUAUUUCUGGCGGCAAAACGUUUUGCCAGUUCCUAAAGGAGCAAUGUCCAGUCGUGUCAGAGACCUACUACCCCACCUUUUGGUGCUGGGAGAGUCGCAUCCAAACGCUGCUGAGACCUUUUGUUACAGCCAAACCUGGUGUUGUCUAUAGAAAUGAGCUUAUCAAGGCAGCAGAUGGAGGACAGAUAUCUGUGGAUUGGUUUGACAACGAUGACAGCCUCUCUUAUCCUGAUCCCACCACCAGGCCUACAGUGCUCCUUCUCCCCGGCCUAACCGGCACCAGCAGAGAAUCCUACAUCUUGCACAUGGUCCAACAGAGCCGGGAUCUAGGCUAUAGAUGUGUGGUAUUCAACAACAGAGGGGUUUCUGGUGAAACACUGCUGACCCCGAGGACCUACUGCGCUGCUAACACAGAGGAUCUGGAGACUGUUAUUGAUCACAUCCAGAAAACCUAUGAAGCUGCUCCAAUGAUGGCUGCUGGCGUAUCCAUGGGAGGGAUGAUGUUGGCCAACUACCUGGGGCGCAAGGGCCGGAAAACCUGCCUGAAAGGGGUCAUAGUCUUCUCAGCAGGCUGGGAUGUGUUUGAGUGCACUGCGUCACUGGAAAAACCCCUGGACCGUUUCCUCUUCAACUCCUACCUCACCAGCUGCCUACAAGCCUCUUUGCACAGACACAGGCCGGUGCUUGAAAAGUGCUAUGACAUUGAGCAUGUCAUGAAGGCAAAGACCAUCCGAGAGUUUGAUGAGAGGUUCACCUCCAUCAUGUUCGGGUAUCCCACUAAUGACGACUACUACCGCGAUGCCAGUCCCGUGCACAAGCUGAAGUCUGUGCAGGUGCCAAUGCUGUGUCUGAACGCUGCUGAUGACGUCUUCUCUCCAUCUCACGCCAUUCCAGUGGAGGCAGUGAAGCAGAAUCCUCACUUGGCCUUGCUUAUUACUUGCCACGGGGGCCACAUUGGCUUCCUGGAGGGUCUGUGGCCGCGACAGAGCACUUACAUGGAUCGAGUCUUCAAGCAGUUUGCGAAGGCCGUCAUUGAACAAGGCGGCCGACUCAAAGACCUCUCUCGAUAAGACAACCUAAAGUGAUCCCCUAAUUCUACAUUUUGGCUUUCUUUUUCUCUUGUUUUAUCAUUGUCAUCCAUGUUUGUUCACUAUAUUCCUUCCCUUAUUUCCUCCAUUUUCUGUUUUUUUAAUCUUUCAUUCCCAACUCUCAUAUAUUCCUACUUUCCUUAACACCAAAUGUUUUUUGUUUUUGCUUCCUUGCAGUGUCUUUCUGCGAUCAUUGCCUUGCAUCGAACUAUUGCUCCCUCUGCCGCACGCAAAAAACAUCAUUCUUUCUUAUUUAAAGGGGAUAUUACUGAAUGCAGCUCUUCUGUUGCGUUUGACAUUCGGAUCAUUUCUCUGUGCAUUUUCUAACUCUCUACCGUUUGCUCAACGAUAAGCAUCACUGUUUAUGUCAGUAGAAUCUUUGUCAUGUUGUUUAAUGCCGCGCAAUCUCUUUUUUCUGUCAAGGUAACAGAAGUACUGUUUCAUUUUGUGUAACUCUAUGUAGUUUUCAGCACUUCCGUCAGUAGGAUUGUAGCCCUCAGGGAUUUCUUUUCGUUUUCUCUCAUUCUUCUCUAUUUCCUGUGAAUUGUCUUUUUUUAUCCCCUCCUCCAUUUUAUAUUGUCCCCCGCCUUUUAAAACUCGACGCUAUUUACCUGUUAACAAAGCAUAAUGUUUCUUUUGAGUUCUAACUGGAGGUCUGGAUUACACUUGUUGCUUUCUUUUAGGAAGGUUAGAAGGUAGAUUACAUGUGCUGAUAAAUGUAAAGUUGCUGUCAGGAGAAAUUUAGCUAUAAGGACUGAAAGCAGAAGGAAACAGGAAGUCUAGGUAUGUGCACCUGUAAAAUAUCUGGUGUCUCUAGAUAUACAUGUUGGCAGUGAAAGGGGAAUACCUCAGCAUCUUUGAGUGAUUUCAAGUUUUGCAGACAUAAACAGCCGCUUUAUAUUUGCUUUUGCUUUAGCCUCUCUGUUUUCUUUUUUCACAAUCAAGGUAGUUUUCUCUGGCCACUAUCCCCCCUUCCUCCAUUUCUUCUGAAUCUACCAGGGUAAAAUCAGAUUACCAAGGUGGAAAUCUAUCCCAGAAAAUGACCCUGCCUAGGAGGUUGUUCCUUGUUGGUGCAUUUCCACAGCAGGAACCCUCUUUUCGUCAUUUUUUUGUUCUCUCACACCUGUUUGCUGUUAACAUUUGAUAAAAGAUAGCUUUAUACCCUAAGUGAGCUAAUCUUUCCAUCUGCUUUUAGUCUGCUUUUAAGUGACGCCUGGCUGUUACUUCACACUUUAACAAACAUGCAGAUGUUGAUGACAAUGACAAUCUACUGACGCAAUUUUGUUUCAUCUUUGGGUAUUCUACAUGCACUUUUAUUUUAGGUUUUUUAUUUUUAGUUGCACACACACCAAAUAGUUUUACAAAUGGAGGAUAUGGAGAGAAUUUGAUCCAUGAUGAGGAAUGUAAAAUUGCACUAUUUAGUUGAUACUACCAUGCCUCUAACCAUCUACUGCAAGGAGCUUAGUUCAUCAGAGCUAUGAGUGAAUAUCCUAAAGGCUCAAUAGAGCUGAGUAUGAAUGCCAUGAAAGUCUAUUUAGUAAAAAUGUUGGUUAUUUCUGUGGCUCUUUGGGCACUUGAUUCAGCUUGAGUUAAAUGAAAUAACACAUGAGGACAUGGUUUGCACAUUGGCUGUCUGAAGUGGUGUUUGCUGCUUUAAAAGAUGUGUAGCUUGCAUUGUUUCCAGUCAUUUUUGCUCUCCUCUGCCAACAAUGAUCAACAGGCUGGCUACCAUUAAUGAGUUGGCAUGGAGGAAAUAAACAAUCUGACUAACGGCCGGAAUUUCAAUAAUAAAUUGCAUGAAAAUAAAUUGAAUACAUAUUCCUGUGGAAUUUUACUGUUAAUUGGUUUUGCAAAUUAGCACGUGUUUCUCCUUCAUCACGUCCUGUAACCGCAGCACUGAAGACAAAUUUGUUUUGGUUUUUUUCAGUGUAUGCUGCAUUUAAUUUUGUAUGGCACAUAAAAGAAGACAAGAAAACAGAUGUUUAAAAUGAGCAGCAAUAAGAUUUUAAAUAUAAAAACUGUCUAUAGUACAAGUACUGCUCUAUUGACAUUAUCAUCAUUCGUGUAUUAUGCUGUAUUUAUUGAAUUAUUAAACAAGGUCUAGGUCAAUUUGC